CUGUCGGUUAUGAGCGCCUCUCUCUGCCUCUGAGGUUCUCCUCUAUGGUAAAGGCUGAAGCGCUCGUUUCUCUGGAUAAAACUCCGAACUCUGAUCGACAUCCGAGACGUUUCCGCGCAGAACUCGACCGCUGAUCAGUGAAGAUGCCGGUAGCCGUAGGACCGUACGGGCAGACUCAGCCGAGCUGCUUUGACAGAGUCAAGAUGGGUUUCAUGAUGGGCUUCGCGGUCGGAAUGGCUGCGGGAGCGAUGUUUGGAACGUUCUCCUGUCUCAGAAUUGGGAUGAGAGGUCGAGAGCUAAUGGGAGGAGUGGGGAAGACCAUGAUGCAAAGCGGAGGCACAUUCGGCACCUUCAUGGCCAUCGGGAUGGGAAUUCGCUGCUGAGACCACCACAGACUGCACUGAUCACUUUUCGGGACUCCAGAUUUUCAUCCAUAUGUCACAAUGCCACCUUUACACAGAUUGUGAGUGGGUGUGUUAAUAAAAACUGAAAUUAAACAGUCUAAAAGAA